AUGACGAGAGUGUGUUUAAAGGAGCCAGGGUCCAGUGAAGCCGCCUUCCUGGAGGACUUUGUGCUGGGAGUGGGGGACCCCCUGGAGCUGUCGUGUGACGUGGCCGAUCCUUCCAAACCCGUUCUGUGGUUCAAAGACGGGCUGGGCCUGGUGUCCCACAACAGGACCAGAGUGGGACCGAGGACGUUACACAUCAUCAACGUGUCGUACGAAGACUCAGGCGUUUACUCAUGUCGCACUCUGCACAGCAACGUCCUGGUCAUCAACUACACCGUCAGAGUGACAGAUUCUCUGUCGUCUGGUGAUGAUGAAGACUAUGAUGAAGACCCAGAAGAAGCAGCAAUGAUCGAGAAGGCAAUCUGUGACAGCGGCUCUACACCGAGCUCUGCAUACAAACAAACAACAUAA